AUGAAAGGGUAUACCAGAGUAAUCAUCUUAAUUAUCAGUGCCUUGGUAUUAUUAUCAACUGUCACUGCUUUACCACAAAGCGGCUCAUCCAACAAAGUCGAAGUGAAAAAAGGAGACGAUGAAGAACCUACAUCUAUCUCCAAGUUACCUUAA